CAAAAUAGAAAAUUCAUGGGAAUUACUUGAAUCAAACAAAUUGUCAAGAAUUAUACAAAAAAGAAUAAAAGACUUGCAGAAUCCAAGUAACUGCAGAACUAUGAAGAAGGUACUAUGUAAACUUCCUAUAAGUGGAUUUGGCAGUCAGGCUCAUUUGCUAACUAUAUGCUUUACCGUUGGAUUCCAUACUCAAAGAACUGUAAUAUUGCUUUCAAAUACAUCACAGUAUUCAACAGAUGGCUGGGAAUCUUUCAUGUUGCCAUUAAGUGAUACUUGUAAAACUAUCGGCCUUAACGAUACAGUUGUCAAAGUAUCAAAUUUGACACAAAUUGAUAAUAUAUCGGUGAUAGAUAUAGACUUGGCACAUAAAUAUAUCGAUUUAACGGAUGCGUUACCACGUGAUUUAUUUCUAAGAAUUAAACAAUUUAAUCCAAAUCCGUCAUUAUGGUGGGCAGGACAGAUAGCAUUGUAUGUAUUCAAACCAACAAAGAGCUUUAAGCAUUUUCUUGAUAAAAGACAAAAGGAAUUCGGAAUUGAAAAUGUUUUUGUUGGAGUUCAUAUCCGGAGAACUGACAAAAUCAAUGAGGCAAACUACGUAAAUAUAAGUAAAUACAUGGACGUCGUUGAACAAUGGUAUACAAUGUAUGAAAAGAGUCACACUGGAGUAGAGCGUAAAGUUUUCUUGGCUACAGAUGAACCCGAUGUUGUACGCUGUGUCAAAGCAAGCUAUCCAAACUAUCAAUUUAUAAACGAUUUUAACGCAACGAUAGCAGCAAGUCAGAAAAGUACUAGAUAUACAAUUCACUCGUUAAAGACGAUAAUACAGGACAUUCACUUUCUAUCUAUGAGUGACUUUCUCGUCUGUACAAUGUCCUCUAAUGUUUGUCGACUGGCAUAUGAGUUGAUGCAAACACACUAUGGGAACGCUUCAAGAAAUGUAAAAUCUCUUGAUAAAUGCUACUUUAUUUACGGCUUAACACCAUAUUUUUGUUAGCAAUUUAAAAUAUCUCAUGACUAUGAUUGACACUUUGUUGAAGUGAAAGCAAAAUGAUAAUUUUAUUUUUAUUGUUUUUGUAAUAUUGUCUUUGCUUUUCAUAUAUCUGCAUUAGCAUAUUUAUGGAAAUUUAACUAAUUAAUCCCCUUCCUCGUAGUGGAAAUGGGAUUAUUGGAAUGACAUCCGUCUGUUUCUCAGUCAGUCCUUCUGUCUGCCGCACUCACAGGACAGUAAUGAUGUGGCUAGUGGGACAAUUGGUAACUGUUCUGUCUUUUUGAUGUCAUUCAUUCCGUUAUGCUUUUAUGUGGUUAUUUUCUUUUGUGUGGCUAAAAAGAACAAUGGGGAGAACAAUAUAGUUGCCACAUUAUUACUCUUUUGUUAGAACAUCCGUCUGUCCGUCCGUAUCAUUUUUGAGUACGCUCAUAAUUUUUUGAACCGCUGAUUUUUUUUUAAAAAUAAGUGGCACAAAUGAUCACCAUAAAAAGGCAAUAUGCAGAGCGCAAACAUUUGGUUGCUUCAUCCAAGGCCCCGUUAACAAUUAAAUGUCAAGUGUUAAAAAGUCUACGUUUUAUGUCCGCUACUUAACUUUUAAGCCGCUUAGAAUUAUCUUAAAAAGCUUGGCAUAAGUGAUGAUCAUUAUAAGUGCAGAGCGCAAUUAUUAGGUUGCUACUUUCAAUGUAAAGGUCAUUAAUAAAGUUCAAAUGUUAAAAAAUGUACAUUUCAUAAUAAAAAUAAACAUUUCGUUUCCGCUUCAUAACUCUUUAACCGCUGAUUUCUUUUAAUGAAUAACUUAGCAAAAGUGAUCAACAUUAUAAGACCAUGGGCAGAGCGCAAAAAUUGGUUUGCUUCUCCCAAGGUUCUGGUCACUCCCGAAGGUCAAAUGUAGAAAAAGUCUAUAUUUCUUGUCCGCUCCAUAAUUUUUUGAACAGUUGAUUUUUUUAAGGUCAAAGUUACAUGUCAAAUGUGAGAAAAAUCUACAUUUCGUGUUUAUCCAAUAAAAUUUAAACCUCUACAAUGCUUUUUAGAUUAACUUGGCAGAAAUGAUCAACAUAAUAACACUAUUCGCAGAGCACCCUUAUCAAGUAACAAUCCUGAAGGUGAGGGUCACACUAAAAUUUCCAAUGUAAUAUGUUAUUGACAAUUUAAAGGCUUCAAAAUUACUUAACAAAAAUGACCUUAAUGACACAGUCUGCAGGUUGCAACCCUAAACGUCAAUGUUAUAUGUUCCCCCGAACUGUUUGACUUUAUUGAAGAAAUUUAUAUAACUUGACACAAAUGAUCACUAUCGUGAUACUAUGUAACUAUGAUAUGCAUUGCACAACAUCCAAGUCUUGGUUGGUAAAAGGUCAAUAAGUACACUUUCAUGUUCACUGUGGAAAGUGAUUUAGCUUUCUUUCAAACAGCCUUGUUAAAUUUAAAAUUUAAAUUUUCAGAAUUAAUGUUAACUUCGACCUUCAAAUCUUUGACAUUAGAUAUUAUCUCCUUCUAAAACAUGUGUUAAUAUUUUUCUCAGAUACUAGGGUUCUUAAGCCAAUAAAUAAUGAAGACGGUAUCGAUAUCAAUAUGAUGUUCUACCUCAUUAUAAACUUGUUUGUUUAUUGAUAAAUGAACCGUUUGCAUAACAUAAAUAAAUGUUAAUUGGCGGAAUGGAAAUCCAUAUUACAAACAUCUUAUUACAUGUGUGUCAAUGUUUUCCUUUGACGACUUUUUGAUUACCAAAUACGUUUUAUUAUAUCAUGAGAAAAUAAGGAGUAAAUUAAACUAAGAUAUCUUGAGGAAUACUUUAUACAAAAUUGAUUUUUUUAAGUCCAUAUCAUCACAUCAAGAAAAUGCACGUUAGAUUACAUUAUAAAGAUCUUCAUAUUUAUUUCCAAUAAAAUAGAAAAAAAUAGGUAGUAUAUUUUACGUAAAUAAUAUUUGAACUUGUUAAAGCCGUGAGUGCACACUUUCCCAAGAUAUCUUUGUUUGCUCAUUUGUUUCGUAGGUGAAUAUAUAAAACUUAAACGUGUACAAAAGUCCAUAUUUUCUCACUUGAAAAAUGUGGCAACCUCUUUACAAAUUGGUUGCAUUAUAUAAUUGUUUUGGAAUUUUUCUGACAGUAUUCGUAAAUCACCACUUCUAAAUUUGUGAGACAACAACACUGAAAAUGACAAAUUGAUACCUUCUUUUACACGAAUAACCUAUUUAUAGUAAACAUUUAUUUGUCAGGGAACCAAGUCUUGCAAGACCAUACGUUUCAAAGUGUAACAUGUUGUAUAACAACCCGCUUCUCCCAAUCACUGUGUCUUAAUAGUUUUACUCCUAAAUGUCUAGUGAAGAACAGGAAAUCGUUUAAAUUUUUAUCAGGCUUUCGUUUCAUUAAUUUAUUGUGAAACGAAAGUCGAUAUUUGCUGACCUUUUAUGCAAAGGCGAUGAUUUAUCAGUCAUUCAUAAAUUUCAUAUUUUUUUCUGAAAUGACUUUAAACGUUAAGUUGACUUUUAUCCUGUAUCAAAAAGCAAAAUUCAAAUCAAUAUUUUAAUUCCUAAUGCAAUAAUUGUUCAUCACAAAAUAAUCGUAAAACAGACUUUCCUUAUGUUUAUGUUCUAGUCAAACAUAUUUUAUAAGAGAAUAUGUAUCUUAAUAAGAAUUACUUCACUAAUUUACUUAAUUCUGUAUAAUUCUCACCUAAUAUGCAAGAAACUAUGUGAAAAGGAAUAUACAUAUAUCACAUUUGGUUUGUAAUGAAUGUGUUUGUAUAUGCUAACUAUAUAUUUUUAUGUUGUGCAAAUUGAAAUAAAUAUUGUUUAAGCUAACAUUACAUAAUGUAUAUUUUCAGUUUGUCGAAUUUUAUUAUACAUCCCUUAAUAUAGAUUUAUUGAACUAUGUAAUGCAGGUUUGAUUUUUUGAGUUCUUUCAUAAACGUUUUUGGUAUAUGAAGUUUACCGUAAAGGCACGCCGGCACC